AUGCGUAUUUUGAUGGUUGGUUUGGAUGCUGCUGGUAAGACCACCAUUUUGUACAAGCUCAAACUCGGUGAAAUCGUCACCACAAUCCCAACCAUUGGAUUUAACAUAGAGACCGUUGAAUACAAAAACAUUAGCUUCACUGUCUGGGAUGUUGGAGGUCAGGACAAGAUCCGCCAGCUCUGGAGGCACUACUUCCAGAACACUCAGGGUCUGAUUUUUGUGGUGGACAGCAACGAUAGGGACCGUGUUGUCGAGGCAAGAGAUGAAUUGCAUUGUAUGUUGAAUGAGGAUGAACUUAGAGACGCGGUUCUAUUAGUGUUUGCCAACAAACAGGAUCUCCCAAACGCAAUGAACACAGCAGAGAUAACCGAUAAACUUGGCCUCCAUUCUCUCCGCCAACGCCACUGGUACAUCCAAAGUACUUGUGCCACUUCCGGUGAAGGUCUCUAUAAGGAUCUCGAUUGGCUUUCCAACAACAUCGCCAGCAAGGCAAGCAUGAGAAGUCAUCAGAAAAGUAACCACAGUGAUGUGAUGUUUGAGAAUGGCAUCGACGACACAGAGAACCAACCAUAA